AUGAUUGCUCGAUUUAUCCUUCAAUCGAUGGGGCUCACCCCGUCCCCUCCGAGCCCCGCCGUCGAUGAAUCAGCCUCGCCGCCUCGCAACGAGAUGGCUCCUCGCUCACAGCAACCUUUGGCUGCCUCGGCAACGUCUGUGGCCUCAACGACCUCGGCAACCUCCUCCACAGCCUCCUACUCCCCCGCAACCAGACGGCUCCACCAGCUUGGCCUCUUCUUCGCCGGCGCCUCCUUCCUCGCAGCCUCCAUCGCCGUCGCGCGCCGCUCCGUCAUCCGGCGCAAGAUCGAGGCCCUGCCCGCCUUCCACACCUCCAACCGGCUCGCCUUCAAACCCGGCCACGGUGAUGAUGGCGCCGACCGCGUCCUCCUCGCCUCGCACGCACUGGGCCUCGCCACGCUCAACGUCAUGAGCUUCGGUGUCAUGCUCACCGGCGGCAUCGCUUGGGGCUGGGACCUCUGCUCCGUCGCCGAACUGCGGGAGCGCACCCAGGCGGCCCUGCAGCGACCGGGGAACGAGGACCCCGAGGCCGAGCGGGAGAUGGAGCAGAUGAUGAAGUCGCUCUUGGAGAAACUGGGCAUGGAUGCCACGCUACCCGAGAAGCCUGGGAAGCCUGCCGAGGACCAAGCAAGCGGCGCCGCCCAUGAGGAGACGUGA